UCUAUCUAGUUAAUCCUUACCUAAUAUCUGCUUUGUAAAUGUGUGAAUUCAAAUGACAGGGUCUGCAGAACCUUGGAUUGUGCUGCUGGGUAAACCUGGAUCAGGAAUGACCAGUACAUUAGAAACUAUUUUGAGUAGAAAGAGUUCUGCAAAAACCAACAAAGCAGAAGAAGUGAACAUACAUGGAAAGAAAGUGAAAAUAAUCAACACUUCAGGACUGAUUGAUGUACCAGAGAAGAUGAUAAAGAGUGAAAUAGAGAAAGUGAUCAACAAAUCUGCUCCUGGUCCUCACGUGUUUCUUCUGGUCAUCAGACUGGACGAGACACCGAAAAAAACAGAGAAGAGUGCACUGGAAUGGAUCGAGGAAAACUUGGGUGAAGAAGCUGUUGAUUUCACUGUAGUUAUCUUUACUCAUGUUGAUAAGCUGAAGGGAAAAUCUUUAACUGACCAUAUUAAAGAGAGAAGUGAUCUACAGUCACUGGUGAACCGCUGUGGUGACAGAUUUCACUCAUUCAACAAUCAAGACAGUCAGGUUACAGAGCUGCUGGGAAAGAUUGAAAAAAUUGUAGAGGUGAAAGGAUUGCUGAACUACACCAAUGAAAUGUUCCAGAAAGCUCAGGAAAAGAAACAGUUCUGGUCUGGGAAACCGAGGGUUGUUCUGCUGGGUAAAAGCAGAUCGGGAAAGAGCUCAGCAGGAAACACUAUUGUGGGCAAAGAGAAGUUUAAGAGGAGAAAUUCAGCAGAUUUUGCAACCAAAACCUGUGAACUACAUAAAGCAAAUGUGGCCAGAAAGAUCAUAAAAAUUAUCGAUACGCCGGGACUUACUUAUGCACCGAAUGAUAUUAUGCGGAAAGAGAUGAAGAAGUGUGUAGAGAUGUCUGCUCCCGGUCCUCACGUGUUUCUACUGGUCAUCAGACUGGAUGUGAAAUUCACAGAAGAAGAGAAAAACAUGGUGAAAUGGAUUCAGGAGAACUUUGGAGAAGAAGCUGCUCGAUACACCAUCAUUCUGUUCACUCAUGCUGACCAUCUGAAUGAGAGACCACUGAAUGAGUACAUUAAGAACAGAUCAGACCUACAGGCAUUCACUCAGAUAUUUGGUGGUAGAUUUCACUCAUUCAACAAUGAAGACAUGGAGAACCGCUCUCAGGUCACUGAACUGAUGGAGAAGAUCGACAGCAUGGUGAGAGAGAAUGAUGGAAAACACUACUCUAAUGAAAUGCGCCAGGAAGCUAAGAAAAGGAUGUCGUUUUCUUCAACUUCAUCUGAACUCAGGAUUGUUCUUCUGGGUAAAACCGGAUCUGGAAAGAGUUCGGCUGGAAACAGUAUACUGAAUCUGGAGUACUUUGAGAAAGAUGAUACCUCUGAGUCAGUUACUAAAGCCUGUGAGAUUGGAGCAGGAGAGAUGGAUACAAAGACUAUCUCAAUCAUCGACACUCCAGGCCUGUUUCACACGACAACACAUGAUAAAAUUGGGAAAAAUAUAUCAAAGCAUGUCCACAAGUCUUCUGGUCCUCAUGUGUUUCUGCUGGUCAUCAGACUAGACGAGACACUCACAGAAGAAGAGAAAAACACUUUGAAAUGGAUUCAGGAAACUUUUGGAGAAGAAGCUGUUCAAUGCACCAUCGUCCUGUUCACUCACGCUGAUCUACUAAAGAGAAAAGCACUGGAAGAGUAUAUCAGAGAAAAAAAUAGCGAUCUCUAUGGUCUAGUUAGUCAGUGUGGAGGCAGAUUUCACUUAUUCAACAAUGAAGACAUGAGUAAUCGAACACAGGUCGCUGAACUGAUGGAGAAGAUUGAGAAGAUGAUGGAGGAGAAUGAAGGACUGCACUACACUAAUGAGAUCUGCCAAAAUGCUCAGUCAAGUAACCAGCUCUGGUCUGCAAAAUCAAAUAUUGUGCUGCUGGGUAAAUCCGGAUCUGGAAAGACCAGCACAUUAGAAACUAUCAUGGGUAGAGAGAGUUUUACUAAAAACUGUAAAGCAGAAGAUGCACAUGUGGAUGGAAAGAACCUUAAAAUAUUUGACACUCCAGGACUGAUUGAUACAUCAGAGAAAAUGAUAAAGACUGAAAAAGAGAAAAUUAUCAGUAAAUCUGCUCCUGGUCCUCAUGUGUUUCUGCUGGUCAUCAGACUGGAUGAGAGAUUUGUAGAUGAGGUUAAAAACGCAGUCAAAUGGCUUCAGCAGAACUUUGGCAAAGAAGCUGUAAAUCACACCAUCAUUCUGUUCACACACACUGAUCUGAGGGGUAAAUCUUUAGAUGAUUAUAUCAGUGCGAGGAUGCGUCUUAAAUUACCGGUUAUCAGUAACGGUAGAUAUCACUCAUUUAACAAUGAGGACAAAAACGAUCAAAGUCAGGUAAAGGAACUGCUGAAAAAAAUUGAAAUAAUGGCAGAGGAAAACACAUGGAGGUACUACACAAAUAGAGAAAGGUUUCAGAACACAACCAAUAGUUAUAUAUGUAAACUGCAUAACGCGGCAGAAGGAAUUGGACCAGUGAGAGCAGUAGCGAUGAUAGCAGGGGGCAUCGUCCUGGGAGUGACAGAGAUUAUCGUCGCUCCAGCAGUGCUAGUUGCAGUAGGAGGCGCCGUUUUAAUCAGAGCUGCCAUUUUUCAAGUGGUCACAAAACUAAAAAGAAAUUAGCACACUGUUGCUAAUCAGUUCUCUGCAUAAACACACCACACCAUAACACAUAUAACAAGACUAAUAAAAUAAUUGAAAUAUUUGGCCUAAAUUAGCUGAAAAUGUAGGCUUUUUGUACAUUAAUCAGAUGUAAUAUCUAUAGACUUUCUUGAGGCAGGGUCAUAUCUCCCUCCUGUUUUUUCCAACUCAGGCUCAUUCUGAAAUGUAC